CGCAGUGUCUUGUGGGUAGAAGCGCGCUGGCUGGGUUCGUCGUUCCGCGCAAUGCAGUGGGUGGCAGGACUUGAGCUGACAAGGAGACACUUGAAUUAGCUUUAGCAGAAGAAAAAAUGGAGGAACCAUAGAGAAUUAAGGAUGAAUUCAGGAAGACCCGAAACCAUGGAAAACUUGCCUGCUCUCUACACUAUUUUCCAGGGAGAGGUUGCUAUGGUGACAGACUAUGGAGCGUUUAUCAAAAUUCCAGGCUGUCGGAAGCAAGGUCUAGUCCAUCGAACUCACAUGUCAUCCUGUCGGGUAGAUAAGCCCUCUGAGAUAGUAGAUGUUGGAGACAAAGUGUGGGUGAAGCUUAUCGGCCGAGAGAUGAAAAAUGACAGGAUAAAAGUAUCCCUCUCCAUGAAAGUUGUCAACCAAGGCACUGGGAAAGACCUCGAUCCCAACAAUGUUAUUAUUGAGCAAGAAGAGCGGCGGAGGCGGUCCUUCCAGGAUUACACUGGGCACAAGAUCACCCUUGAGGCUGUCCUGAACACAACCUGCAAGAAGUGUGGCUGUAAAGGCCACUUUGCAAAGGAUUGUUUCAUGCAACCAGGCGGGACUAAAUACUCUCUGAUACCUGAUGAGGAAGAGGAGAAGGAAGAGGCAAAGUCAGCAGAGUUUGAGAAGCCUGACCCCAUGAGGAAUUCUUCUAGAAAAAGAAAGAAGGAAAAGAAGAAAAAGAAACAUAGAGACAGGAAGUCAUCUGACUCUGAUAGCUCAGACUCUGAGAAUGAUACAGGCAAGAGGACAAGGCACUCAUCAAAAGACAACAAGGGAGCAAAGAAGAAGAAAAAGAAGAAGAAGCACAAGAAGAAACAUAAGGAGUGAGAGUGGAGAGUGGAGGGGUGGUUGAAAGAAUACAGUACCAGGAGCCUUGUCCCUUGAAGCCCUGGCUCCUGGAAAGACUCAGUAGCAAGAAUAUGGCCUCCCACCCCAUUGACUUCUCUCCCUUGGGAGAUGGCUCCCCCUCAUGCAGCAGGCAGGUUUGAGAGUUAGAAAUUAAGAGCAGCUGCCUGAAUUGUUGUUUCCUUAUCACUUCUGGUCCCUCGCAAGUGACCUCUACAGCUCACCCAUUCGUUCACUCAACUUCAUUCAGGAGGAGGUCCCAUUGUCCUUCCCAGCGGCCACUGCCGGAGCUGGAUUCUUGUACAGGAGCCCAGGCUAGAGCCACAGGUACUGCUGUGGAGGUGAGUCUGGCUGUAGUUGCAGAACAGAGCAAUUGGUCCCUCCCUGCUAUCUGUCCUUGGCUGAUAGGCAGAUGAUCCCUGCUGUAUCCACCACAGAGGCAGAGAGCCUCUUCUCUGGCAGCAUAAGGGGAGAGUGUGAUAAGAAGUGGUACUCACUUUUUCCAGUCUCCCAACAUGGUUCUAGUGUGCUAGAAAUGACAGCCAAUGGCCACACCAGAAAAUAAUCAUCCACAGUGACUGAGCUUAUGUGUGGCAUUCCUCCAGACCACUGAACCAGACAGCACAAGCCAAGAUCAUUGCUUGUACUUGUAUUUACUACUGUGUGAGUCAAGUCGGUUCCACUUCAGGUCUCUGCUUAAAAUUCCUGGCACUUAAUGGCAGUGUGUUUGGUUUUAAACUUACUGAAAGUUUCGUGUUCCUUUAUUCUCUCUUCCUGGCUAAUUUACAGACUUAAAGUCAGUGAGCCUGGAUUAGUUGACCAAAACAAAAAACAAACAAACCAAAAAACCAAAAAAAAAAAAAAAGCAAAAAAAAA